GUGCCUUAUCUAUAUAUAAUAUCGCUGACGUACCUGGUCUCGAUUUGUUAUUCUCUCGUCCCAUCUUGCAAAGUUGCUCAAAUAAAGUUGCGCACCCACUUUGUUUUCCCCCGAAAGGCAUUCCCACUGAACUCAUCCUACAACGAACUCACUCACCAUAGCUCACGAACCACACGCCCUACAUCCAUACCCGGAACUCGAACACGAUGACUGCCGAAGUAUCUCACGGAAGAGGUGGCGCCGGAAACAUGGCCGUUGACGACACCCAGUACGUCGACGGCGAGGUCGUGAGAACAGGCCCCGAGGGGUCUCAGGGAACUGGCGCAUUCAGCGCAGGUCGUGGAGGUGCCGGUAACAUUGGCGACGCCAAGAAGGAGCCCGCUCUGCGCUCCGACAAGGACCUCGUCCCCGAGGAGGCCUACCGUCCCUCCAUGGAAGGCCAGGACUACCACGUCGGCCGGGGCGGCGCGGGCAACGCCGUCGAGACGGAGAAGUCGGCCGCUCACAAGGAGAUUGAUCAUGAGAAGAAGGCCGCUGCGCAGGCUCGUGCCGACGGCCACUCGGGCGUCAGCGUCGCCGACAAGCUCAAGGCCAAGAUCCUCGCCCCCUUCCACAAGAAGUAAAAAGGAAAAGACUGGUCUGUUGGAAAAGGACAAGGAUGGUAAUUAUGGGUGUUGAUGUGUUGCGACGGAUGCUGGUUGGACCUGGGCUGGAAGUUUGUUUUUGGCAUACCCUUCACGAUAUCCCCCAUUUCGUAAGAUCUAUUUCGUGUCGAGACUUGGUCUCGACUUUUUGAAUGAUAUCCUGCCACUGGCAUUAUGAUUUUCCCUGGCAAAAACUUGCUGGAAUGGUUCUCAUCGUGUUGUUCCAUCUCAUGCAUCUCAAUGUAGGCAUCGAGCAAGUUUUUGGUGGGCACGGGUUCCGCGCGGAUGCGAGGCGCUGGCGCAACCAACACCUUCCACACAGAAAUUAUGACUCUGAAUGAGGGAAUACGUCUGGGAAAGCCUGAAACAUAAGUCGACACUCAUAAAAAG